CUAUGACGCCAUCAUUCAAAAAAAAAAUAAAUAAUUAAAAUAAAAGAACAAACCUAAUAUAUGUGUGAAAGUAAUCUUUGUGAAGAAGGGCAGCGCAUUAUGCGUAAGACUGUAUACAAAGUAUACAAAUAAGAUGAAAUUGGCAGAUAUAUCUAUAUUUGUUUAAUAUAUUAAUUAAAUAAAUAAUAAAACAAAAUGAUGCCAUUCAACAAGUGUUCUUUGAAAUAUCUCAAAAUGUAUAGACAUGUAAAUACAUGGUCACCUUUAGCAACAGCAUUUAAUUCUGUUGCAAAAAUAGAGCAUGGAUUUAGUUUAUCCAAAAAAGAAACUGGUUUAUUUGGUAUACCUGAACUUAAAGAUGCAAGUGGAUUUAAAACAUUGAAAGAACAGGCAUUCGCUCAAACUGAUUUACUUAUAGCUGAAGUAACUGAUGUUAACAGAAAAAGAAAUAUGGUAGAGAUAUUUGAUGAAUUGUCUGAUACUUUAUGUAAAGUUGCAGAUUUAGCAGAAUUCAUUAGAAUUGCACAUCCAAAUAUAGAGUUUGUUGAAGCUGCAGAAGAUGCUUCUAUAUCACUAAGUAGUGUUGUUGAAAAACUUAAUACUCACUGUGACUUAUAUAAUGCAUUACAGCAUGUUAUAAAGAAUGGAGACAUUUUAAAAACUUCUCCCAUUGAUGAUCAUGUUGCCAAACUAUUUUUGUUUGAUUUUGAACAAAGUGGUAUUCAUUUGCCAGAAGAACAAAGAAAACAAGUUGUCAUGUUAAACGAUGAUAUAUUACAAGCAGGUCAGAAAUUUAUGGCUGGUGCUGUUAGUACACGCUCUGUAAGGGCUGAUAUUUUGCCAGAAAAUAUCAGGCAAAAUUUUGAGAUACACAAUGGUCAGAUAUUAGUAAGUGGACUUUAUACAGAUUCGUCCAAUACUACUGUUCGUGAAGCUGCUUAUAAGCUAUUUUUAUAUCCUGAUAAACAACAAGAAUAUUUAUUGGUUAAGCUUUUAAAUUCUAGACAUCAAUUGGCACAAAUAUGUGGAUUUCCUACAUAUGUUCAUAGAGCUGUAAGAGGUAGUACAGUACAAACACCUGAAGCAGUAAAUGAUUUUCUCAAUAUUUUGAAUGAUAAUUUACGAAUUAAAGCAAUGCAAGAUUUUCAAGAAAUGCAGGAAAUGAAAAAUACUCAAUCAUCUAUAAAACAAGAUUUGAUGCCAUGGGACACAGCCUAUUUUAUUUCAAUAGCUAAAAAAACAUGGUUAAAUACUUCCACCAAUGAUUUUGCUCCAUAUUUUUCUCUUGGUUCUUGUAUGGAUGGUUUAAAUUAUCUUGUACAAGCAUUGUAUGGAAUACGACUGGAAUCUGUACCAGUUUUACAUGGUGAAGUAUGGGCACAAAAUAUACAUAAAUUAGCAGUGAUUGAUAAAGAUGAAACAACAUUGGGUUACAUUUAUUGUGAUUUUUUUGAAAGAAAAGGAAAACCUAAUCAAGAUUGUCAUUUUGCUAUUAGAGGUGGAAAACAAUUGUCUGAUGGAACCUAUCAGAUUCCUAUAGUUGUUUUAAUGUUAUCUUUACCAUCACCCAGAUGGUCUAAUCCAUGCUUACUAAAUCCAUCCUCAGUUGAUAAUUUAUUUCAUGAAAUGGGACAUGCAUUGCAUUCUAUGUUAGGUAGAACAAAAUAUCAACAUGUGACAGGUACUAGAUGCAGUACAGAUUUUGCAGAAGUACCGAGCGUGUUAAUGGAAUAUUUUGCAGGUGAUUCACGAGUACUGUCCAUGUUUGCAAAACAUUAUCAAACGAACGAGCCAAUUCCAGAUAAUUUGUUACAAAAGUUAUGCGCUUCGAAACAUAUUUUUUGUGCAUCCGAGCUGCAAAAUCAAGUAUUUUAUAGUAUGUUAGAUCACGUUUAUCAUAGCAAUAAGACAGAAAAAUCUACAACAGAAAUUUUAAAAGAUAUUCAAGGAAAAUAUUAUGGUUUACCAUACAUUGAAAAUACAGCAUGGCAAUUGCGAUUUUCUCAUCUAGUAGGAUAUGGUGCCAAAUAUUACUCUUAUUUAAUAUCGCGUGCAAUAGCCGCUUGGAUUUGGCAAACAUACUUUCAACACGAUCCCCUGAGCAGAAUUGCUGGUGAAAAAUAUCGUUGGGAAUGCUUAGCACAUGGUGGUGGUAAACCUCCAUCAUUAUUAGUUUCUGAUUUUCUACACAAAAAUGCUAAUCCUAGUAAUUUUGCAAACUCGUUAUUAAAUGAAAUUGAUAUAAGAAAUGAAUAUAUUAAAACAAUAAAAACAUUAAAGUAAUAAUUCAAAUACAAUUUUAGAAGAAAUUGUAUUUAUCAAAUAAAUUCUUUAGUUUAAACACGAUAAAGUAUUAACAGCAGUGUACAAGUAACUCUCAAAGAUUAUAUUCUAAGAUAAUUUGUAAUUGACUGUAAAUAAAAUACAAACAACGAUGUUAUCAGAAA